AUGUAAGGAGAUAGGAAAACUUACUGUUCCCAUCUCUUUCAGACUUGAGUGUAGGUGGUGUGAAGUGUUAGCUACUGAUCUUGCAGCAGAGUAGACUCUCUGAAUGUCCAAGAUGCAAGGAUGGAAGAACUCAACAUGUGGAGGCUGCGCUCCUGAAGAUAGCUACACUGGGAGGGAAAAUGUCUUAUUAACAGGGAGAUGUAAUGCUGGGUGUAUUUGAAGUUACAGGAAGUUAUGAAGACUUUCAUUCUGAAUUUGAGGCAGAACUGAAAUCUGCUGGUGAGAAGCUUAUAGUAGUUGAUUUCUCUGCCGCGUGGUGUGGACCGUGCAAAAUGAUCAAGCCCUUUUUCCAUAGUUUGUGUGAGAAGUAUGGCGAUGUGGUGUUCAUCGAAAUUGAUGUGGAUGAUGCCCAGGAUGUUGCUACCCACUGUGAUGUGAAGUGCAUGCCAACGUUCCAGUUCUACAAGAACGGAAAGAAGGUGCAGGAGUUCUCUGGGGCCAAUAAAGAGAAGCUGGAAGAGACCAUUAAAAGUCUAAUCUAAUCUCCAGCCAUGGAGACAUUGAAGCAUGACUGCUUCGGCUAAGUUAUAGCCUCUAACUUUUCUACUUAAAAAAAAAUCUAAACAAGCUAGCUAGUGGUGGAAACUAUCCUCCAGAUCUAUAUAAAUGACUACAAUAAAGUGUAAAUUCUUCACUUUCA